AUGAACCCACCCGACGAAAACGCCAUAACGCGGAAAAUCAACCAGCUGCGGAAGCGACGGCAGGAGGGCCCACCACGGAAAGAACGCAACUACGAUGACCUGCUACAAGAAAUGGAGAAUUGCGUACGACUACGCAAUGGAUACAAAAUAAGCUCCAUCCUUAAGUUAACACAACUGCCAGUAGACAUCCUCGUAUUCGACGAAACGACAGAAAUCGAGUUAAGAAAAAAAAUAAAAAAAAAAAAUGCACUAAAAAAUUAUGAACAGUUAAUAAUAGAUCAUUACACCAUUAUCAAAACGUUGUGUAAUAGGAACAGCAUAAAUUGGGACGUCCUUUUGAGUACAGGGUGUAAGUAUCUGUCCUCCUUUAUCCAUCUGUAUAGCGAGAAUCUGUGGCUACUACCAUACCUACUAACGAUAUGCUCAUUCUUAAAUACGAUAAGCACCUUGGCAGACUCCUACUACAGCACCAGUAGUAAAAACGACAUAUACAAUGAAGAGAACGAAGACAUUAAUGAGAAAAAUAAGUAUACAAUAGAAGUAUUAAAUUCCAUUCGAGGUAAGAUCGGUAUUGUUAAGGGGGACAUAGAAAAGCACGGAGGGUUCGUGAUCCUCAUGUUUCAGUCGAUAAAGCUAUGCAUGAAGUUAAAUAACAUGCAAAUCACAACAAGUUUUUUGAAAAUAAUAAAUUCUACCGAUAUAGGGUACGGAUACAUCCCCAAGUGUUUCAUCGUGCUGUUUAAGUACCAGCUGGGGAAAUUAUACCUGCACAAAAUGGAUUACGAAAAAGCAGAGAAAGAAUUCGUUUGGGCCUUCUCUAACUCGAGGAAGGGUAAAACAGACUUUAAAAAAAAAUUACUAGAAAGUAUUAUAUCUAUUCGCUUGAAUAAGGGACUUUACCCUCCGAAGCGAUUACUACAGGAUUAUGAACUCACAGUCUAUAUGGAUAUUAUUCAUUCAAUCAAACAGGGGAAUAUAUUCCUCUACAACCGCGUCAUGGAUAGCAACUCCAAGUACUUCUUCGACAACGGACUAAAUGAAUGCAUUGAUCAGAUACACUUUGUCGUAAAACGUAACCUCCUAAAGAUUGCUGUUGACUGGUGGAAUGAAACCGUUAAGGAUAAUCCAAGUAAACUGUAUAAAGUACCUAUUUGCAUUUUUCACCACAUUUUUAACUGGGCUAGAAUCACGCAACACCACCACCAGUUGGAGACCCUUUGCAUUAUAACCUCGCUCAUUCUUUUUAAAUACAUCAAUGCGUAUGUUGCUUAUGACAGCAACAUUCUUGUGCUUAGUAAGAAUGACCCCUUUCCUUCCCUGUCCAAGUGUCGCAUGGGGGUUAGAAGCACCGUGGAUAAGCCCUACGCGUGA